AUAAAUACGCGCGACGGAAAACGAGUUGAUAAUGAGUAGGAUAUCAGGAUAAGCAAACGAAAUGAUGCCCAACGCGCUUCAACUUUCUGUGGUGUUUACUCACAUCCUUUCCACUUGCUUAGCGAGACGCGAAGCUUCCAUAUCUGUCAAUGGAUGUUCUACCAAAAACCAGUACAACACGCUUCAGAAUAUUACAUGUGAUGUUGCCAAAGACAUCUUCGCUGUAAAGUUCAUUAUACUAUUUCUGUAUUGUCUGAUCGCCUUUGUCGGACUUGUCGGGAAUAUUCUAGUUGUUUGGGUGGUUUCCCGCACAAAAUCAAUCCAAACCAUCACGAACAUCUUCAUCGCAAAUCUGGCCGUGUCGGAUAUUCUAAUGUGCUUGGUCGCAACUCCGUUUACACCUGUUUCUCUGUACAUGGAGAGUUGGACGUUGCCCGAGGCAGUUUGCAAGCUACUCCCGAUUACCAUGGCUGUAUCUGUGUACGUUUCAACCCUCACCUCAAUGGCUAUCGCUUUGGACAGAUUUUUUGUUAUUGUUCAUCCGUUUAUUCCACGAAUGAGGAUUUGGCUUUGCUUUUUUAUUAUUAUUACUAUAUGGGUUGUCGCUGUGCUAAUCUCACUUCCGUUGGCAGUGUAUCAUCGGAAACAAUCCAACGACCAUGGAAGAGUUUGGACCUGCCAGGAACAUUGGCCUAAAGAAUCCUCACGCGAAGUGUUCACCAUUGUCAGUUUUUUCCUGCAGUUCAUCGUGCCCUGUGCUAUCAUUUCUGUGUGCUACUUUCGUAUCAGUUUGAUUCUUCGAAAGCGGUUACGUAACAAAAUCGGAAGCGGUACUAAAUUGCGUCUGCAGGCAGAAAACGAGAUCCGGCGAAAGAAACGAACAAACAGUAUACUAAUAGCCAUGGUUGCGAUAUUUGUCAUUUGUUGGAUCCCGUUAAAUGUGCUUCUCACGGCCAUGGAUAUAUUAAGUGAAGUUAGAAUUCAAACUCUUCUUGGACCACAGUAUUUUACUCUAGUUUUCUUUGUUUGUCAUUUGUGUGGAAUGAGUAGCGCAGUCUACAAUCCAUUCUUGUAUGCUUGGAUGAAUGAAAACUUUAAACGUGAAGUUCAUCGUAUCCUACCAUGCUUUUGCUCUCAAGCCGGACAGACUCACAACACACAGCAACAAACUGCUGGAGCGGAAUACACAGCACUGGCAACCAAUGGGCGUCAACUGACCAUACCAAACCCUUCAUUUGCAGAACAGCCCGUACAGCUUUGCAUGAACCCCAUCAAUUGCGUUGGAGAAACGUGGACUGACGAACGGUCAGUAGUCCGGACGGAGCUACGGGCGAGUGAGGCAAGCGUCAAGUGUUCCACAUUUUCUACAUCAGAAGAAAGGAUAAUGGCUGCCACAAAUGCAUCCUGUUAA